AUGACCUCGCGCCUUAAAAAGCGACUCGAUAAUCUCGGUGUGGAUGCCCACAGUGCUCGAGCCAACGAGAACUUUUGCUUGAUUGGGACACCACUACCUCCCCUCGAAAAGUCCAAGGACACUGGUGAAUUUGUACGCGACGAAAAAGGUCGACGAAGGUUACACGGCGCCUUUACUGGAGGUUUCUCGGCAGGCUACUUCAACACGGUUGGGUCGAAAGAGGGAUGGACACCUUCUACAUUCGUUUCUUCUCGAGGAGACCGAUCGAAAAAGAAGACUGCUCGGCCUGAAGAUUUCAUGGACGAGGAAGACUUGCAAGACUUGAGAGAAAGUCGGAACCUUGUCGAUACAACGGAGGAAAUGGAUCUUACGAAGGCGACGAGUUUAGGGCAAGGUGACGAUGAACAAGACUCUGUGGCUCGUGCUUUAGAGGCAUCAAUGCUCCCUACUGCCAAAGAUUCUGCAGGCGCACGCAUUCUGAAGAAAAUGGGUUGGCGGAUUGGACAGGGAAUUGGUCCUCGAGUCACGUUGCGCCAAAGAAAGCUCCAAGAUCUUGUUGCCUCCGGUCGUCGAUUUACUGAAGCCGACCUCGUUAUUCAGGAAGAAGAAGAAGAAGCCCAGAAACAUACCUACGCCCCGCGAGAUAUCUCUGUGUUGGCAAUGGAAAGGAAAGACAACACACAUGGCUUGGGUUAUCGUCCAGGCAUGAGCCUGAACGAGGGGAACGCGAAUGCUCCCGUGGCCGGGCCAAAGCUUGCUGGCGGAUUCGGUCUGGGUGCUCUGAAUGAUGCGGACGAAGACGACCUUGAUGUCUACGAGCCUGGCAGCACCGCUCAGAAUCGUAAUCGAACUGCUUACGACAUCAUUGAUCGCGAGGAGGAAGAGAAGAUUUCGAUAGGCUCGAAAGCUGAUCGUGCUGCGAGUUCCCGAGUUGGACCGGCGCCUCCAUCCCAUGCUUUUCAAGACGGCAGAGCAGUGCUUCCUGGGUUCGUGCUGGCAAGCAGCCCAGUAUCUGAGGAUCGAUGGUUUCCGCCACCUGAAGUGCCGCAAGGGUGGAAGGCAGACCCCAGGCGAGUAUGGAAUAAUGAAAGUCUGGAGAAGCAGCCAGAAGUCCCUCCACAAUCAAGUUCGGGUAGAAACAAAUUUUCUGCUGAUCAACGUGGUUCGAUGUUGGGAGAAACGCCGUUACCAUCAGCACCGCGAUCGGUUUUCGAGUACAUGUCGCAGAAAGACCGCGAGAGAAUUCAAAACAUAUCUUCGAAUGCUGAGCUACCAUCAUUAUCACAAGAACCUGGCCCUCCUCCCCCUCCAACAGCCAUACGAAUACCCCGGACUGAACCUCACAUCGCAUUGGCCGCACUGAAUGGUGGUUUCGUUCCUUUCGCAACGAAUCCUGCAAAACAAGCGCGCUAUACCGCUUAUCUCCAGUCACAAACCGAUUCCCCUGGACCCCCACCUCAACCGCUUCCUGGCCAGCCUCUUGACGAGUAUAACAAGGAGCUUGAAGACUACGCGAAAGCGGCUGUCAUCUUCAAACCCUUGUCUGGUGCUAUGGCUGGGCGUUUCACCUCUGCUGUCGUCGUUGAGCAUGGCCCACAAAUCACAGAGGGGUUAUACAUGCCGUCGAAGGAGGAUUUGGAGAAGAAGGAAGAGGAACUGAAGAAAGAACGGGAGGAGAAGGUCAGCCCCAAAGUCCACGCUGCGCGAUUGGGGAUGUAUGGUCCAAUGACCCGAGAGACUCAGUCGUGGCAGCCGGCGCGCUUAUUAUGCAAGCGCUUUAAGGUGAAAGACCCCGAACCAACAACGGAAAUGCAGGCAGAUGAACAAGGGAGUGGAUUCGGCCAGCCUUCCACCUCGGCUGGCGUUUGGGACCAGGUUAGCGCCGCUGCUGGAAAUUUGAGUAGUGGUCCACGUGACUUGGCAAAUAUCGGACUGGGAGAAGACGAAACGCAGGGUCGGGAUACGCUUACAUACCAACGUCCAGCGAUGGAUGUUUUCAAAGCAAUUUUUGCCAGCGACGACGAGGACAGCGACGAUGAUGCCGAGAAAGCUGAAGUGGACGAUCCAACACCACCUGCACCACCAGAAAUCACAAUGGCCCCUGCGACCGAAACUUCCGUUGUAGACAUGAACACUUUCAAACCCACUUUCAUUCCUCGCGAUGGCAAGGCCAAGAAAGAAUCGGAGAGGACAAAAGAGAAAAAAGAGAAGAAGAAGAAAGACAAGGACCGGAAGACACUGGUGUCAUUCACGGAAGAAGGAGAGUCCCUGCACAUUAUACCCAACCGCCCAAAGAAGAAGAGACGGAAAGAGAAGGAAUUAGAAGAGGAUGAGUCGAUGUGGGUCGAAAAACCCAUUCCCGACGUCUUGAAAGAGCAUGAUGUGGUCACUACGACAGCUGAUGGUUUGCCCAAAGGCCGCAAAAGGGCAAUCGAUUUCAUGUAA